CCGAGGCAGGAGGCUGAUGGCCUUCUGGUGACUCCUCAUCACGAGGAAAGUGACGAGCACGCCGACUCAGGAUCAAGUGAAAACGCAGAGCCGAGGCUGAAGAAGAGCCGUCAGUGUAACGAGUCAGAGAGUCAGGGUGACACAGACACAGAUGAAAACUCUGUAAAACACAACACUGGUAGAAAACCCCGAAAGUCUGGAAUGAAGGAACGUCACAGAACCCAAACAGGUGAGAAGCCUUAUUCCUGUAAAAAGUGUGAUAAGAGUUUCUGCUUUAACGCGGCCUACAGAGUCCACCUGAGGAGCCACACCGGUGAGAGGCCGUAUUCUUGUGAAACCUGCGGAAAAACUUUCACGAGAAGCGACAGAUUGUCUCUGCACAUGAGAACGCACACCGGAGAGAAGCCGUACCUCUGCAACACGUGUGGGAACAGAUUUACAGACCCGUCGGCGUUCAGACGCCACACGACGAUCCACACGGACGAGAAGCUGCAUGCUUGUGACAAAUGCGGCAAAAGUUUCACACAUGUUAACAAGUUGUUGUUCCACAUGAGAACUCACACAGGCGAGAAGCCGUACCUCUGUAACCUCUGCGGGAACAGCUUUAUCGACAAAUCCAAUUUAAAACGGCACUUUAGAAUCCACACGGGUGAGAAGCCUUAUUCCUGCAAGGUCUGCGGCAAAGAGGUGGCCCACAGCACGACCUUAAAAGUCCACAUGAGAAUCCACACAGGCGAGAGGCCGUUUGUCUGCAGCACCUGCGGGAACAGAUUUAUUAACAGCUCGAAUCUGAAGCUCCACAUGAAAGCUCACACGACGUCAGAGUCCUGAAACAUCUCUAAGGAAAGAAAAAUGAUCAGGGAGGAGAAACUUGAAGAAGCCUGGAAGGAUUUCUGAAGAUUAACAAUCAGGCCUUCAAAAUUAAAGCACCUUUAGAUUAUGCUUCAGCGGUGGUGGGAGUUUAUUGCACGAUGUACGCGGUGACUCUCACAGAAGCACUUUGCACUGUUACACUGUUGGUUGCAACGUGAGUUCUGUGUCUCACUUUGCAUCUAUUUACAUUUUGGAAAAGUUACUGACACCCAGUUAGCUGUUGGGUUUGUUUUUACUGGAUGUACCGUCAAUUAUCGCUGAAGUGAUCCUGAAGAACUCUCAGAAACGUGAGGUAUCUAUUACACAACAAGGUCUCCAAACUCCAUGUUUCUGUCGUCAGUGUGCUUUGUGAAGGUAAACCAGGGUUUAAGACUUGAGGUUGAAUGUUUAUUUAUAUUUUUAUUAAUGACAUUUUGCACAUGUAUCCACCCAGUUUUAGUCGCUCUGUGUUUAUCUGGAUGACUUAAGCUGGAAUGUUUUGUUCUUUUACUGAUUUCUAGUUGAGUGUGAAGUGGGAAACUUUUCCUCAUGUUGAUCUUGAGACUUUUGUCUAAAAUGUUCAGUGUCAGUGAUUCAUGUUGAAUCCCAUCUGAACAGAAAACGACUGCACUUGUUGGCCAAGUAAUCACAUGACUACUUUUGUUUUAAGGCACUUUAACAUGCUGCCAGUGCCUCCUUGUUUAUGGUUUUCACCAUUUUUCUGUUUUUAUACUUUAAUAAACAGCCUAAAAGAAA